CACUUAUGGCUAAGUAUAUAUAUAUGUGUGUAUGUGUGUAUAUAAGCAUGCACAUUGGAUUAUCAACAGCUUAGCCGGGUAAACAGCCAUGCAAUUGAGCGAAUUACUCACCGAUUUUGCACCGAUAUACCGAACAUUGAGCGUCAAACGCGAACAUCGGUUGCCCACAAACGCCUAUCGCAUUUCGAGGUGAAGAGCAGCAAGUGGUUGCAGAACCAUUGAAGCUGAGGUGCCAACUCCGUCAGCAUUGUUUACAAGCCAAAGCCAAAGCCAGAGCCAAAGGUGUUUAAAAAUAGUUUAUGCAAUAAAUACGCGCACCACACCAACAUACAUAUGUAUAUGUAAAUACAUAUAUAUGUACAUAGGUGUAUAGUUAUGUAUAUGUUUGUAUGUAGAAGCAGCUGGAUUUAAGCCCGAAAAAUAUACAUUGCCGAUAUGUCAAGGCGUUUAAUUAAUUAAACCGCGAGUUAUCAACUUUAUGACGAAGGAAUUUGCACUAAAAUGCUGGCGGUUAUACAACAAUGCACCAACAACAACAAACGAACUUGUAUGCAGUGUGUGACUGACUGAAAACGAUCAUAUUUCGUCGUUCACAUGUGCGCGAUUAUUCUGCCAGGCAGCGCGAUGCGACGCUGAGCUUAAGCCAAUAUUUCAGAGGGAAUACAAUUUGAUGACACGAGUAGUGCAAUCCAGUAGGAAAGAAGUUCUGUUGGCGAGAAGACGCCACAAAUAGCAAAAGGCGGUGUUUUAUUUGAUUUUUUAUUUAACAGCGCGAGAUUUUAACAAAAGUGAAAUGGCGAGAAUGUUGUUCAUAUUGUGCGGGGCUUUGCUUUUGAAUUUCGCCAUGACGCAAGAUUUCGAACCAGAUCCAUUGGAGCCGGAGAUAAUAGAAACGACUACGUUAAAGGCAAACACAGAGCCACCCACAACAACUAGUGUGCCCAUCACAGAUGCACCAACAACAACAACAAUAAUAACAACAACAAAAGAAACACCCAUCUACACUACGCCCCCGAUAACAACGGAUGGUCUUCCCACUACCACCAUUACUGUAACAGAGGAGACCAUAACGCCAAUAACAACAACAGCAGCAAGCCCUCCGCCUACCACGCCAAAGGAAGAGCCAAUACCAACGCCUGUAACGAAUAUUGACUACACAACAACCACUACCACCACAACCACCACUGCUAAGCCGUUCUCCUUUAGUCCAACAACUGCUAAACCUUUCCCCUUUAUUCCAUCGACCACUACCACCAUAACACCAGUGAUCACGACCAGACAGACAGGUUAUCCGCCGUAUCGUCCAGUAAAACCAUGGAAUCCAUAUACGCCACCCACUCAACCGCCAAAACCCAGCUAUCCACAAAGUCGCUGCUAUUACCGCUCGCAACGUAGUUCACCGCAUCUGCAAUGGAAAUGUGGCUAUUGGCAAUAUGUAACGCAUGAGCAUUGCUAUCGUUGUUGCCUCUACACCGAUGUCAGCUAUGCCGGUUGCAACGAAGUCAAUCGCUAUUACUGCACACAAACGCAACAACAAAAAUUCAAAAAUACGAAUGCAUACAGCAAUUAUUGGCUGUACUACUAAUGGACAGAUGCAUGGACCCGUUUAUAUAUACAUACAUAUAUAUAUAUAUAUAUAUACAAAUGUACCUUCUGCAAUUGUAGUGCUGACUGUAUGAAUUUUAUAGUGGAAAUUGAAGCGAAUUUAAGCACGUGGAACCUAUUAAGUAUCGGUCAUACAGCUUUUGUGUAUAUUUUUUAAAAUUUUUUUAUACGAUUUUUUCAAUUUUAUAUGUAAUGUUGUGCAAUUUUUUCCAUUAUUUAAUAUUAUAUAUGCUUGUAUUUGUUCGUCAGUUUGUAAAUAAAAAUUGUAUACGAUUUAAAGCUGAAAAUAAAACUUUAAUAAAUAUUGAAUGUCAAUGACGAUUACACAAUUACAAAUUGCCGCGCAACCAA